ACAAUCUCUUUCUUCAAAAGGCAGGACCGGGACGUGUUUAGUUUGUGAUCUGGAUGUGAAGACAGGAUCUGGUCACACCCACCGUCCUCCACUUCCUCAUUCUCACUCCGUAUUUACGACCUCCACUCUCCACAUCACGCACACAUCCCAGUGUCAGAGAUGAGUUACCCUGGAUACCCUCCUGCAGGUGGAAGUUACCCACCUGGCUCCGGCCCGUAUCAGCAGGCCCCGGGCGGAUAUCCAGCCCAACCGGGAGCCUUCCCUCCUCAGGGCGGAUUCUACCCCCCUCAGCCUGGAGCGUUUCCCCCCGGAGCUGGAUACCCUCCCCAGGCCGGUGGUUUCCCUGCACAGGCAGGAGGUUACCCUGCUCAGGCCGGUGGAUACCCUGCCCAGGCGGGAGGUUACCCUUCUCAGGCGGGAGGUUACCCUGCUCAGGCGGGCGGUGGAUAUCCUGCUCAGGCCGGUGGUGGUUACCCAGCUGCCCCUGGAGGAGGUUUCCCGCCCCAGGCAGGAGGUUACCCCGCGGCUCAGCCCGGGACCUACCCCAACAUGCCCCCUGCAGCAGGUGGAUGGGGCGCUCAACCCGGCUUUGGAGCUCCGGCUGGAGGAAUGCCUCAGGGUUACCCCGGGGUCCCAGCGCCGGGACAGCAGCCCAUGCCAGCGUUCCCAGGUGCUCCCAACCCAUCCAUGCCCGGAUACGGAGGGGGCGUCCCGACCGGACCGACUCCACCAGUCGGUCCUACUCUCAAUAAAGGUUUCCGAGGAACCAUCAAGGACUUUCCUGGCGCAGAUCCGCUCCGAGACGUCGAGGUUUUACGGAAAGCCAUGAAGGGCUUCGGAACCGAUGAAAACGCCAUUAUUGAGCUUCUCGGCAGUCGAUCCAACAAGCAGCGCGUGCCGCUGAAGGCAGCGUAUAAAACCACGUACGGCAAGGAUCUGGUAAAAGACCUGAAGUCGGAGCUGGGAGGAAACUUUGAGGAUCUGGUUCUGGCGAUGCUGCAGACCCCUGCGCAGUUCGACGCCUCUGAACUCAGGGAGGCCAUAAAAGGUGCAGGAACCGAUGAGGCCUGUCUCAUAGAGAUUCUGUCCUCUCGCAGCAAUGCUGAGAUUCGGGAGAUUACGAGGAUCUAUAAAACAGAGUACGGUAAAUCUCUGGAGGACGCCAUCAGCGGAGACACGUCUGGACACUUUCGCCGUCUGCUCAUCUCUCUGUCUCAGGGUAAUCGAGAUGAGAAGGAGACCGUGGACAUUUCGAUGGCCAAGCAGGAUGCUCAGAAACUCUACGCUGCAGGAGAGAAAAAAGUUGGCACGGACGAGUCUCAGUUUAAUGCCAUUCUGUGCGCUCGCAGUAAACCUCAUCUGAGACAAGUGUUUCAUGAGUACCAGCAGAUGUGUGGCAAAGACAUUGAGAAGAGCAUCUGCGGCGAGAUGUCUGGAAACGUGGAGUCUGGAAUGGUGGCAGUGGUGAAGUGCAUUAAAAACACUUCAGCCUACUUCGCUGAACGUCUCAACAAAGCCAUGAAGGGUGCAGGAACCAAAGACAGGACUCUGAUCCGUGUCAUGGUGUCCCGCUCUGAGGUGGACAUGCUGGAUAUCAGACAGGAGUAUCAACGGCUCUACGGGAAGUCGCUCUACACUGACAUCUCUGGAGACACCUCUGGUGAUUACAAGAAACUGCUCCUGAAGCUGUGCGGAGGAAGUGACUGAAGAAACAGGAAGUCCAAUGUGUUUCCAUGAUGACUGGAUAUGUGACAUCAUCCUAUUAAUCGCUCGUAUAUCAAUGUCAAAUAUUAUGUCUAGUGUCAUGUUAACUAAUUCUGUAAUCGCUCUUUACAGCUUUAUUAAGUUCACAGCCAAACAUAGGAUUUAAUUGGUGCCUUAGAAAAGUUAUUACUAUAAAACCUUUCAUUAUUAGUUCUAUUUUGCUAUCUAUUCAAACUAUGCAUGAUCUGUUGAGAAGCUUUAUUUUGUACAGGUGCCAAAUCUAUGCUGUCACUCGAAACCAAAAAUACAAUCUGUGCUCCAUCACUGAAAUCUGAAAUGCCUUGGACAACCGAGUCUCUUGAAAUACUGAAAUAUAUCCCACAGUUUUUAUAUAGUGAGCUUUUAUGAUCCGUAUGCAAGAAGAAUAUAAGAUUGUCAAUCAUCAUGAAGGUCUUGAUGGGUCAGUCUCGUGAAAAUGUGUCCUGUUUUACCCCACAAUUAAAAUCGAAAAUUAGAAAUGAUCUUGCUAGUCUUUUUUUUUUCUUUUUUUUUCCUGUCAUGCAUAAUAGGCUUUUCUCUUCACGUUUCUCUUUUUUUCUUAAUAAAUGCUGUUUUAUAGUAAAAACUCAUUUAAUCAUAUUUUGUACAACAAAUAUAUUUUUGCAUAUUUUUCCAUCAUGGUAAUGCAUAUCUGUGAACCAUAUUAUGUCUCUAAAACAAUUUAUUUUUAUUGUGUUUUUUUUUUUUUUUUUUUUUUUUGAGUUUGGGAUGAAACCUGAUCAGUUUUGUGAGAUUGGCCCUGUUUGUCAUCAUCGUCCAGGACUAGCAUGAAUGUGAAUGGCUUUGGCAGUCUUUGAUCCUGAUAAUCUCUAGUUAAACGGGAGAUUCAGUCCUGUUCAUUAACAUGAAGACCACUCUUUUCAGGGAUUUCUAGCCUGUGUUUUUGGGAUGUUCACUCAAAAUAAUCUGUACUGUUGUGUAAUAACAUUUGUCUUGUUAAUAAAAGCACUUCAUGAAUAA